ACUAAUUACAAAGAGCAGGUUGCGACCUGCGAUCCGAAAGUGACAUGAUCGGAAAAUCACGCAUUGCCUUGACCAGCCUGCUGGGAUUAAUUCUGGCAACAGGAGGAUUCGUCUAUCUGAUCAACCUGGAGCAGCUACAGCACAAAGCCAUGGAGUGGCUCAUGGUGCUCAAGCCCAACACAAUGAUGACGAAUCUGUGGCAGUAUCCAAGCCUCCCCAUGACAGCCUACGUCUACAUCUUCAACUGGACCAAUUCAGAUGAAAUCGAUAAUCCACUGGUGAAGCCACGCUUUGAGGAACUUGGACCCUACACCUUCACCGAGCAGAUACAAAAGUUGAAUGUCACCUGGAACCCGGAGAACUCAACGGUGUCGUAUCUGCGCAAGAGUCGCUUCACAUUUGUGCCCGAGCUGAGCAAGGGAAAUCUUAGCGAUGUGGUGAUCCAACCAAAUACUCUCACGGUGGGCAUUACGCACAAGGCGCAACGAUGGAAUCCCGUGCUGCGUUCCUUCAUGAUGAUUGCCCUGAAUAUGUACGGUAAUGAUGCGACUUUUACGCGCACAGCGGAUGAAUGGAUAUUCGAAGGGUUCGAUACACCGCUGAUUAAGAUGAGUUCCAUGGUGCCCAGCAAGCUGUUGCCGCAAAUGCAUUUUCCCUACGAGCGCAUAGGCUACGGAUAUCCACGCAAUGGCAGCACAGAGCUCUACGGCCAUCAUAACAUCUAUACGGGUGCCGAUGACUUUAGUAAAAUUGGGCAAAUUGCGCGUUGGCGCUAUGAUGAUGUGGCUGCGUCUUUUCCACAUUGCAAGCUCAAGGGCAGCCUUGGAGAAUUCCAUCCGAUACCGCUGAGACAAGGGAAACCUAUCUCCUAUUUUCUUCCCGAUAUUUGUCGCGAGCUACAGGCGGAUUAUGCGGGAACCACAAUCUUCGAGGGCGUCGAGGCAUAUGUCUACAAAGGCAGUCGACGUUCUGUGGCUAAUGGCACCGAUAAUCCGGAUAACAGCUGUUACUGCCAGGACGAUUGUAAGGAGGUGCGCUCCGGCUUAAUGAAUGUGUCCGCCUGCUACUACGAUGUCCCCAUCUUCGCUUCCUAUCCGCACUUCUACAAUGCCGAUCCCUACUACGUCGACGCUGUGGAGGGUCUAAAGCCCGAUGAGGAUCGCCAUGAAAUGGUCAUCAUACUGGAGCCCAAAACGGGAAUGUUGCUCGACAUUAAGGCGCGUCUUAUGAUUAGUUUGCUGGUGGAGCCACGACGUGAAUCCGCCUUUCGCAAUGCUCCUCGAACUUUUCUGCCUCUGGUUUGGGCAGACUAUCGAGUGCAAAUCACACCCGAUCUGCUCUUCUACCUGAACCUGCUGCCCAUCUCAACGAUUGUUAGCAAAAUCUGUGGCAUUCUCGUUAUCAUUUUGGGACUAACGUUGCUGUUCUAUUAUCCGCGGAAAAUCUUCAUACAGCGACAGUUUAUACGACAAAUUGAUAUUACAAAUCUAGAGAAUCGCAUUCAAGCAACGAGUGCUGUGAAUCCUGAGCUCAAGAACAUUGGGGCCGAGGGAUCCCCCCUCCUGGUGGGUCUGCAAUAUGUUGCGGCGUCAGCUGAAGCGGAAUGCGCCAGUUGAGCGCGCAAUUGACGCGAAUGUAAUGUGAUAAGUGUACAGUUCUAGGGUUUUCUAGGGUAUGUCCGUCUGUCCAUCGGUUUCGACGAAAAUAAGUCGUUCGAUUUGAAAGCCAUCUUGAUUCAACUAACUUGGCAUAUGUAUGUUAUAUAAAUUUUAAGUGGUUUCUUUCCAUGUGGGAUAGGGGAUUAAUUAUACAUAAAGUUGCCUAGGAAUUAUCGGCCUUGAAGUGUA